UCCAAUCCCAACUUUAGAUGAAUUUUUUAAUUUGAAAAUGGCGCAUCAAGUGAGUAUGAAUUUAACAGCGGGCGGCUCAAUUUUGUGCUUCAGAGCUACAGCAGUCUCCUCUAGCGGAUGGUGGGGUGGCAAAGGGCCCACUGACUUCUCCCUCCCCCUUCUCUUGAUCCAAAUUUCCUUGCUCUUUGUUGCCACUCGCUUAUCUCACUUCCUCCUCCGCUCUCUUUGCCUGCCUUCAGUUGUCUCCCAAGUCAUUGCAGGCAUUAUCGUCGGUCCCUCCUGCCUUUCCCGCCCCAACGGCCCUCUCUCCCAGAUGUUCCCCAGCCGGAGCUACGUCCACCUAAACUCCAUCACCCUCCUCUCCUUCAUCCUCUACAUCUUCGUCGUCGCCGUCAAGACCGACCUCUCCUUCCCUCGCAAAUCCCGCCGCAAAGCCCUCGCCAUCUCGGAGGCCUCCUCCCUCCUCCUCCCGCUGCAUCUCCCCCUCCCUCGCCCUCUCCCCCCCCACUCUUCUUCUUCCACUACAACUUCCCCAUCCGCUGGGCCACCUUCCUCCAACAUCGUCCUCUUCUGCCUCCUCUCUGACCUCAACCUCCUCGCCUCCAAGAUCGGCCGUAUCGCCAUGAACGUCUCUCUCCUCUCCGACCUCCAGGGCAUCGUCUUGAAAGCCAUCCUCUCCUCCCUCUUCAACACCGACAGCCACGUCUCCGUCAAGCUCACCUUGCUUUCGCUCCUGUCACUGGCAGUCCUGGUACUUUUCAUUUUAUUCGUCGCCAGGCCGACCAUCAUCUGGAUGGUGCGCCGAACCCCAGACGGGAUGCCGAUGAAUGAAGGCUAUUUACUAGCGGUGGUGGUGACCGCGAUGUUCUGCAGUCUGGUGGGGGAGAUCAUAGGGCAGCACAUUGCGACGGGGGCGAUGAUCCUCGGCUGCUGCUGCCGGGCGGGCCGCCUCUGGGGACGACGCUGGCGGAUAGGAUGGAGAGGCUGAUGGAGGGGGUGUUUGUGCCGGUGUACGUGGCGGUGGUGGGGCUGAAUGCGGAUGUGUGGUCGGUGGGGGACGCGAGGGUGGCUUGGUUUACGGUGAUGAUGUCGUGGUGGGGCGCGCGUG